AUGGCCACCAUAGACAUCGAAGGACUCCUAAAGGAGCAUCAGGAUGAUGAAGAGGGGCGUCUCCCCAAGACUAAGAUCGUUUGCACUCUGGGACCUGCUUCUCGAUCCGUUCCCAUGCUCGAGAAGCUUCUCAGAGCUGGCAUGAACGUGGCUCGCUUCAAUUUCUCCCAUGGCACCCACGAGUACCACCAGGAGACCUUGAACAAUCUCAGGAUUGCUAUGCAGAACACCAACAUCCUCGCUGCUGUCAUGCUCGAUACCAAGGGACCUGAGAUUCGCACCGGUUUCCUAAAGGAUGGAAAACCUAUUCAACUGAAGGAAGGUCAGGAAAUCACUGUUACUACUGAUUACAGCAUCAAGGGUGACACAGACAUGAUGUCAAUGAGCUACAAAAAACUGCCUGUGGAUGUCAAGCCUGGAAAUACCAUCUUGUGUGCAGAUGGCACCAUCACCCUCACUGUCUUAUCUUGUGAUCCACAGGCUGGAACUGUCAGAUGCCGUUGUGAGAAUACUGCAAUGCUUGGCGAGAGAAAAAAUGUUAAUCUUCCUGGUGUUGUAGUGGAUCUUCCCACACUGACAGAGAAGGAUAAGGAAGACAUCUUGAGAUGGGGUGUUCCCAACAACAUUGAUAUGAUUGCCCUUUCUUUCGUUCGCAAGGGUUCCGAUCUUGUUAAUGUGCGUAAGGUUCUGGGGCCCCAUGCCAAGCACAUACAGUUAAUGUCGAAGGUGGAGAACCAGGAGGGAGUGAUUAACUUUGAUGAGAUCUUGCGUGAGACUGACUCUUUCAUGGUUGCUCGUGGUGAUCUUGGAAUGGAGAUUCCAGUUGAGAAGAUUUUCCUAGCACAAAAGAUGAUGAUAUACAAGUGCAAUCUCGUCGGCAAGCCUGUUGUAACUGCUACUCAGAUGCUCGAGUCUAUGAUCAAGUCUCCUAGGCCAACCCGUGCUGAAGCAACUGAUGUUGCUAACGCUGUCCUCGAUGGCACUGAUUGCGUUAUGCUCAGUGGUGAGAGUGCAGCUGGGGCCUAUCCAGAGCUUGCAGUCAAGAUCAUGCGUCGAAUUUGUCUCGAAGCAGAAUCCUCCCUUGACUAUGCGGCCAUCUUCAAGGAGAUGAUAAGAUCAACUCCACUUCCUAUGAGCCCAUUGGAGAGUCUUGCAUCCUCGGCUGUACGUACCGCUAACAAGGCCAGAGCAAAGCUUAUUGUGGUGUUGACACGUGGUGGGUCCACGGCCAAAUUGGUUGCCAAGUACAGGCCAGCUGUUCCAAUCCUUUCCGUGGUUGUCCCUGUACUGACUACUGAUUCAUUUGACUGGACCUGCAGUGAUGAGACCCCUGCAAGGCAUAGUCUGAUAUAUAGGGGCUUGAUUCCCCUUUUGGCAGAAGGAUCGGCCAAGGCCACGGAUGCAGAAUCUACUGAGGUGAUUUUGGAAGCUGCUCUAAAAUCAGCAACGGUGAAGGGGUUGUGCAAGCCCGGGGAUGCCGUUGUUGCACUUCAUCGCAUUGGAGCUGCCUCUGUUAUUAAAAUAUGCCUAGUGAAAUGA